AGAUUCCAAACUAUGUCGCUAAACUGAACCACCCAGGCUAUAGCUAAAUAGGCUACCUAUACAUUCCCCGCUUUGACCCGGACUGCACGACUACAACAUUAUAAACCGAGGCGCGAAGAGCGCACGCUCAUCAGUGGAACGAACCCAAGUUUCAUCUGCAGGAAGAAAGUAUUUCUGAGGCCGAGGCGCCAGCACCUUCAACAACUAAAAAUGGCUGAGGAAAUUCAAACUAAGCUGGAGCAAUACCGGACUGCACCUUUCGAUGCCAGAUUCCCUAACCAAAAUCAGACAAAGAACUGCUGGGCCAACUAUCUGGAUUUUCAUCGCUGUCAAAAAUCGCUGGACGCCAAAGGAGUGGACACCGCCCCUUGUGAUUGGUAUAAGAGGGUCUACAAGUCACUCUGCCCCAUAUCUUGGGUCCAGAAAUGGGACGACCAGAGAGAUGACGGAACCUUCCCAGGGAAGAUCUAAACACAUCUCAAAAGACAGUUUCCAAAGACGUUGUUCUCACUGCUAAAUGUUUGUUUGAGAGGUAUGGACAGGCCUCCUCUACCUCUCCUCUACUGCCCCUCUGAAAUGGGAGCAGAAUAUCAUUGAAGUCAUUCCUUUACAGAAAAAAUAAUUUAUGUAUGGCAUUAAAAUGUCUCAGGCGAUAUUUAUGGA